AUGUUUGAAGGGCCAUGGAUGGUGUUGGAUCAUUACUUAAUAGUGAAGCCUUGGAUACCCGACUUUGAUCCUCUGAAUGAUACAACUGAGAAGGUGCUCGUCUGGGCCAGGGUUCCUUACAUUCCAGUUGAAUACUAUGACAUAAUCUUCCUGCGGAAGCUUGGAAACAGAAUCGGUCGGACUAUACGCGUUGAUCAAGCUACCAGUCUUGUCUCUCGAGGUAUGUUCGCUAGAAUCUGUGUUGAGGUUGAUAUGCGAAAACCCCUCAUAUCUAAAUUUACCUACGAGGGGAAGGUGCGAACUGUGGCUUAUGAGGGCAUGCAUUUAGUAUGCUUUUCAUGCGGAUUGUAUGGGCAUGCGAAAGAUGGCUGUCCACUGUUGCGCAGGCCAACGGAGGAGAGUGAAGGUGCUGGGGCGGGAGAGGGAAUAAAUCAGGAAGCUAAAAAGGACCCACCCAAAGAGCCUAAUGAUGCAGUGGAUCCCAAGGUCCUGUUCGGAGAAUGGAUGCUUGCACCACAAUAG